AUGUUGGACAUGGGAGAUAAGAAAGAAGUGAAAAUGAUUCCCAAAUCAUCGUUCAGCAUAAACAGCCUGGUGCCCGAAGCGGUUCAGAGUGACACCCGUCACCGAGCUGCCCCCGAAGACGAGGACAAAAACAUCCUGCCAGCCGUGGAGUCCAAGUCUGAAAACCUGCUCGGCAAAAGUGACGGCACCUCGGCCGAGCCGCCCUGCGCCGAAGACAAGGACAAGCAGGAGGAGAAGAAGGCCGAGGGCAAGGAAGGCGACGGCGCGAAGGAAGGGGAGAAGAAAAAUGGCAAAUACGAGAAGCCACCGUUCAGUUAUAACGCCCUGAUCAUGAUGGCAAUCCGGCAGAGCCCGGAGAAGCGGCUGACGCUGAAUGGCAUCUACGAGUUCAUCAUGAAGAAUUUCCCCUACUACAGGGAGAACAAGCAAGGCUGGCAGAACUCGAUCAGGCACAACUUGAGCCUCAACAAAUGUUUCGUGAAAGUUCCUCGGCACUACGAUGAUCCCGGGAAGGGAAACUACUGGAUGCUGGAUCCGUCUAGUGACGACGUCUUUAUAGGUGGCACCACGGGCAAACUUCGCAGGAGAUCCACCACAUCAAGAGCAAAGUUGGCUUUCAAGCGGGGAGCGCGCCUCACCUCGACCGGACUGACAUUUAUGGAUCGGGCAGGUUCCUUAUAUUGGCCUGUUUCACCAUUCCUGUCCCUCCAUCACCCCCGAGCCAGCAGUACACUAAGCUAUAAUGGAACCACCUCACCUUACCCCAGCCACCCGAUGUCCUACAGCUCGGUGUUAACUCAGAACUCUCUGGCAAACAAUCACUCAUUUCCAACAUCCAAUGGGUUAAGUGUAGACAGACUUGUGAACGGAGAGAUCCCUUAUGCCACUCAUCACCUCACGGCCGCGGCCGCCUUGGCUGCCUCGGUGCCGUGUGGUCUGUCAGUUCCGUGCUCGGGUACUUACUCGUUAAACCCCUGCUCGGUGAAUCUGCUGGCAGGACAGACAAGUUACUUUUUCCCUCAUGUUCCUCACCCUUCAAUGACUUCUCAAAGCAGCACUUCAAUGACGGCCAGGACAGCGUCCUCGACGUCUCCACAGGCGCCUUCAACUCUCCCCUGUGAAUCUCUAAGACCUUCUUUGCCAAGUUUCUCCACGGGACUUUCAGGAGGACUUUCUGAUUACUUCACGCAUCAAAACCAGGGGCCCUCUUCAAACCCUCUAAUACACUAA